AUGAACGGCAACACAUUCCGGUUGACAUCCACAGAAGUCUGUCAGAAUCACAAGAUCCGAGCUCUCCGCAAAUUACACAACAAACUAGACUCAGACUUGAAUGGUAACAGCGAGAGGAGGACCGGUCCAGCCAUACCCCAAACCAUGUCAACGACGCCCGUCCCACCUCUCCUUGCUCCCCCGUCCGAGGUCACGGAAACAAUCCUAUCUUGCCUCUCCGAUGCCACAGACCCCGAGCCAACCCUAACGAUCCACCGUCGCACUCAUUGGAUCUUCCGUGCCAUGAUCGAUCCCGCUCCGCAUGGCUCGACGCGCAGAUACGGCCGCGGAGCGAAAAUCCAGCAGGCUGAGCCCAAGCGAUCCGGACCCGAUCCCGCCGAGCGUGGGCCCCCCUGCUACCGGCGCCGGCGCGUUCUCGAGGGCUGGGGGUUUGUCAUGGUCGGGGUUGGAUCGGUGCGGAGAUUGGGCAUCUGGGAAUGA